UGUCUAUUCUAUCUUUAAUCAAUGAUAAUACAUGCAUCGAUUUCUCGACAGUCGAUUAUUCAAUUGUCAUCGAUGCAUCGAUUCAAAAUGUCCGUGAUGUAACAUCUGACAGAUUUUCCUGCCUCGUUUAUCGAAGUGACGUGUCUCGCGUCGUGCGCCUCUCUGUCGACGAUACUUUCCAUCUUUCGCGCGGGAUUUUGCGAAACCCUUUUGCAACCUCGACUAAUGGAUUGCAUUGGCGAGGAUGUUCUUGCAAAAGCAGAGCUACUUCUCCCAAUUGGCGAAGUCCUAUCCGAUUCUGAAGCUCGUUGAUGUAUACGAUCGUCAGUCGUUCGUACGGGCGUACGUGUUGGACAACGUCUACGUUUGCGUUUUGAUGCACGUAUUCUUUUACGUAGCACUAUGGUACGCCACUACGGUGAUAAGAAGAAUGGAGAAGGCGAACAAGGAGAUGCUGAAGAUCAUGGAGGAGAACCGAACGAGACUGGAGGACGUGGUGGCGUUGAAGGAUAAGAAAGGGGAAUACGACGAGGUCGUGGUUAAAGUGCAAGAAGCUCAGAAAUUAACGUCGCAGGAACUGGAGGACGAAAUGAGACGCCUGAGCACGGAGCUGAUCAACGCCGAGGGCAAGCUGUCGGAACUGGAGAGAGUGGUGAAGAAAUUGAUUUUCAGUACAUGUCCGGCGAGAAAUCGUGCGAGAGUUCUGCGGCCGACGUCGCUGACCGAGAAAACGAACACGCGUGGCCGCCGUGUCUUGGCGAAGGACAGGCGAGAACCUCGCCCGAGAAUCUCAAGAUACUCGAGCCGUCAUUUCCACCGCCCCUGCCACCGGAACCUCCACCCAGGAAAUAUGGGAUCUUUGUCUCUCGACCUCCUGGCCAACGUCGUCCACCUCCCGCGGCUACAGCUGCACCUGCAUCCCCAAAAAUCGGACUCAAGUAACUACGCCUCCGUGGAAGCUUCCUCCGAAUCCGCCAUUUAUUAUCGCUCGGAUAAAUUUCUAUGGAGUGCCGGGGAUGGUCGACGUGGCAGUAGAAAACGGAGAAGAAAACGGCAUGGAAAAUUCUCAAACGGUGCAACUUCCACGCGCGUCAACGUGAAAAAGUUGCACGAGGAAUCUCUGAAGAACGUGACACCCUUCACUAAAUCGCUGUUGGGCCUCAUUACAAUUUUUACCCAGGAGAAAUCUUAAACACACAGUGAAUGUAUUAUCGUGGCGAUAAA